UAUGUUAAAUGACGUUAAAAAUAAUAAGUAGUAAUAUUUUAUUUCAUUCAAAAAAUACUAUAUUCAUUUUAAUUAAGCAAUUAUAAUAAUUUCAACAUUAGAAGAUGAUUAAAUUUAUAUUGUAUUUUACUAGUGUACUUUUGAGUUUAAUUGGACAAUCACAAACCAAUGGAAAUUCAAAAGACGAUCAUAAUUUCAAAAACAUUACUCCAAUAUGUAUCCCAAAUGAAGAUACAAUAAACAAGAAUCCAAAAGAUAUGUCAAAAGAGAAUCCAAAAGAUAUGUCAAAAGAUGAUUCAAAAAAUAUUCUAGAUGAUGAAAAUACAAAAAAAAUCCCAGAUGAUUUGUUAUGUCUAUUUUGCGAAGUAGAGACAAACUCAGUGAGCUUCUCCCCCUGUGGUCAUAAAACAGGAAACUAUUGCGGAAAUAGAUUGUCGAGAGGUGAAUUUAAAUGUCCUUUUUGUGACGGAAAGAUAGAAUAUUAUGAAAACUUAGAUUAUUUGGAAGAUCAUGAUUUUGAAAAACAAAGUCCUUACCGAUUACGUGUCCUUUCUGAAAACGAGAUAAACAAUUUAAAGUCUAGAAUUAAGAAAGGUAUGUCUGACGAAGAAUUUAUGGCACGUUUUUGGUACCUUCGACGAUGCCAAGAACCUGAUAAAUAUUUGCUGUGGAACAUUGAGCAUAAAUUUAUAACUGAUGAAAAUCGUAUAUAUAUCGCGGAGCUAAAAAAGAAACUUAUUUCUGGUGAACUUUCAGAAAUAUCUGUAUAUAAAAAUCAUUUUAAGACUAUCUUAGAUGAAGAUGAAUAUUUUGCGUUGUAUGGAUUUUAUAUAAGAUUUGAAAAUGGGAAUAGAAGAUACGAAAUGGAAAUACGAAAAAAAUACAUUAAUUUCAUACAUAUGUAAUUAUUUAUUAAUUUGUAAAAUUAGCUUUCAUAUAAGACGUUAUAAUAACCAAUUUUAAAUUGUUAAACAUUAAAAUGGUGUGCCCAGUUGAUUUACUAACCGUAAUAUUUAUACAUUCUAAUAAUUAUUUUGCUUUCGAAUCAAUAUAGUUUUAACGCAUAAUAUAUUUAAAUCAAAGCAAUGUUCAAUAUUUUUAAAUUAUAUAACUAAUUUCGUUUUAUUUAUAACAUCUUAAGAAAAUUUGGUUUCACUAUCGAAAUCAGUAUCAUAAUAAUCGACAGAAUAACCGCCAAAAUGAUAAUGCUCAACAAAAUAGUUGAAACCCUAAUCAGACGGUAAACGAAAAAGGGCGGUCCACCUGAAGUCUGAUGACCUAAUUUAAUAGUUCCUUAAGUUAAUAUUUUUUCUCAUUCUUUUGUUCAUGAAAAUACAGUGGUACCCAAAUACUUGAACAUGAUUCUUUUGCUAUUUUCCUGGUCAGUCCAGCUCAAUAAUUCUUGGUAAUUCCUAUGGAUAAAUUACUUAAAAAAUCUCAUAACAAUUCUAUUUUCUAGUCUUGACUUUUCUUAUUAUUCUUGGCAAAUUCUUUUUGAUCCUCCAGUUUGAUAAUUUACUGCUGUAUUAUAAGUAUAUUUUUUUAAUAGUAAAA